AUGGACACCCUCCCUCGCAUCGCCUGCUUCCACGGCGGCGGCUCGACCGCCUCCAUCUACGAGAUCCAAUGUUCGACGCUCGCGCAGCGCCUACAGAACCACUUCGAGCUGGUCUACUUCGAGGGCCCCUUCAUCCGCAACGCGGGGCCAGGCGUCCUCCCCGCCUUCGCCGACCACGGCCCCUACAAGUCCUGGUUCACGCACGACGCGGACGGGCACGAGCGCGACGACGGCAGCGGAUCCGGGGCGGGCGCGCAGGACGGGGUGGAGCGCGUGUGGCGGCUGAUGGAGACGGCCGGGCCCGGCGGCGAGUGGGUGGGUGCGAUGGGCUUCAGCCAGGGCAGCCGGGUCGUGGGCGGGCUGCUCCUCGAUCAGCAGCGACGGGAGCGGCUGGGGCAGACGGGGACGACGCGCAUCCGGCUGCGGUUUGGGGUGUGCUGUAUGGGGGCGGGGGCGCCGAUGCAGUCGCGCAUUGCGCAGGAGUUGGAUGUGAAGGAUAGAGCGAGCGAACGGGUGCGCAUCCCGACGCUGCAUGUGCAUGGGCUGAAGGAUAUGUUUCUGCCGCUGGGGCGUCAGCAGUACGAGAAUUACUAUGAGAGGGCGACGGCAACGCUGUACGAGGUCAACUAUCACCAUGCGAUGCCGUGGUAUAAACACGAGGUCGAGAAACUGGCGGAGCUGAUUCAGAAGAUUGAUCUGGAGACGCGGGUUGUGUGA